AUGUCCGGACUGGAGGUCGUUGGGAUCGCAGCCAGUAUUAUCCAAAUCGCAGAUCUGGGCACCAAGUUAUCUGUCAAGUUAUUCUCCUUCUACCGCCAGAUCCAAAAUGCCAAUCAGGCCAUUCAGCAUCUCUCAAGCGACAUCGCUUUGACAUGUGCCAUUCUGCGAGAACUUGGAGACAGUCUCAAGCAAGAUGAAACGUCCAAACUAUGCUCGCCCGAAGCCCAUCUUACCGCGCGGCAGAUGCUCAAGCAGUGCGAACAAGUCUUACGGCAAAUACAAACUAUGAUCGAUGAGUCUCAUACUUCCGGCAAGUCUCGCUGGCAGCAAGCGACGAGCAAGAUCCGCAAUGUUUUGAAUGAACCGGACAUGAACCGUGUGAGGGAGAACCUCGAAAGGCUCAAGUCUACGAUGCUCCUGCUCUUGAAUGUAAUUAUGUUUGCUGGUCAAAUACGACACAAUCAUAUCCCUGAGAUGUUAAAUGAGCAACGUAAUCUGAUAGAAAUACUGCUUAAAGAAAAGGCACAUGUAAAGACCGCGCACGUCGAAACGAUCGACUCGAACCCAACCAUAUGCCUGGCCAGCCUACCCCAGACAGCCAAGCCGGCGAUUUCAUUCCAGAAGGAUGCUCUGACUGUUUCAGAUCAAGAGUUGCAGGACUAUAAUUCACUCAUCAGGGCUAUGCUUCGCGAGAUUGACGGCUGCAAAUCCAAGCUCGAAAUGAGUCGCCACUCGCGAAUCCGGGACGGUGUGUUGAACGUCCACUCGAGCGAGAUAGUCCAUUUUCAGCGCAACUAUGGAUCGUCGGUCUUCCAGUAUUUUGAUGAUUCCAUAUUUGACGACUCCAGUGUCUCCCAACCCGUGACCGCGGGCAAUCUUGAUAUAUCUCCUGACCCGCUACCGGAAAACGACUCAAAGCGCCCCAAAUACGAUCAUAUAGAUUCAUACUUCUCCCCACUAUGCAGUCCUGCUGUGCGCCCCCGCGAUUUCCAGGCUGCAGACCUCAGUGGUGUAACGUUUUCCGAUCUUUCUGUGUCUCAGCGGGCUGUUAGACCAGAACAGAGGCCUAGGAUUAGCCCUAAUCUUCGGCCACUUAUGGAUUAUAGAGAUAAUACCUCUCAAGACUCUUUAUUCAUAUCCACUAAGACUAAAUAUGAGCAAAUUAUCAACGGCACUCAAAUACCCGGCGUCUCGUACCCCACAAUAACAUCUACUGGCUUGAGUUCCAAAAGAACCAGCCAUAAGAUUGCCGAACAGGGCCGCCGCAAUCGCUUCAAUUGCGCUAUCAAAGAAUUGAAGGCCUUGAUUCCAGCCACUUUCAUCCGGGACAAACAAAAUCAGACGCAAGCCUCGUCGUGCGUGGAAACUGGUGAGAAAGAAGUGUGGGAAAUCAGCCAGACCUCCAGCAUUGCAUUCUUAUUGGAGAUGGCUAUUCAUUAUAUCAAGGAGUUCCAGCUGGCGCGCAAAGAACCUGACCCUUCUGUGGAAACAGAUACGCAUGCUAAGCUGAGCUCUGAACACGAUGCAUUGGAGGUUUCAAAAGAAGGGCCUCGAAAGCGUAUCAACGCUGCCUUGAAAGAUAUUGAGUCACUAAUCCCAUCUGAUUUUGUCCGGCCCCGAAUGGUGAAAGACAACGCUAUAUCCGAUGUCAAACCUGAGAACAAUACCGAAAAGGAACCCAUAGUCCGAGCGCGUAGCAAGGCUACAAUCGUGGAGAUGACAGUUGAUUAUAUCAAGGAGAUGCAACAAAAUCUUAAAGGUACAUCGGAUACUCUUGCAUUGCGACUCCUACCACCACUGGCACCAUCCCCGAAAGGGCAUGCUGAGCCAUCAGGUAAAGAGCAGCGGUCAGAAUUAACAGGUGGUCAAGACGAACCAACACAGCCAGAAAGGCCAAUGAUCCCAACCGAGGAAGUCGCAUUACCUGCUCCACGAAACCCCAGCUCAACCGGUGAAGCGGAGACAGGCCGAGGCGAUGACCUACGAGAAAGGGUCUAUUUGCCAGACGCAUGGAAAGAUGUCGAAGUUCAAACUCAGAGAUACAAGACACACGACUCGACUACGAAAAUAAAUCAAUUGUCACAUAAUGACGGAUGGAGCUACAUCAGCGACAUGCGCAAGCGAAGGUUCUCCGCGGUGGAUACACCCAGCACUGCCGCAAUGGCCUUCGAACCUCUGAUUAAAGACCACCAUGGCAUGAGCGAAAGUAUCAAACCUAAAGAUUCUCCACUUGAGGUGUCAGGCGAAAACCACUCGGAGCUCUUUACGGACCUUUCAUGGCCGAGUAGUUUCGAGAAGGCGUUGAAGCGAUGGACGAAUCUCGAGCAAAAUGAAAUCAACAUGGGCAUACCAGGUUUGAUCACGCUAGGGAUAUGA